AUGGCUCCGUCCACGGCCGCUCGCCCGCCCCCGUGCUGGUAUACCAAGCGCGCGACGGCCAAGCCCCCGCCCUUCUCCGACGCGUGGCCCGCUGCUCUGCUGCGCCUUGCGCGGCUCGGGGCUGCCGCCGGGACCGGGGAGGCCGGAUCUGACCAAGGGCGGGGAACGAAUGGUAGCAGAGAGGUGUUUGUCGGUAUAGUGCAUGUUUUGGAGGCCGUGGAGACGAUUACCAAUCGAGACGUGCGCACCGCGUUCAAACCGCUCUGCGAGGCACUCCUCCGCGCCGCACAGGCCCUGCAGGACUCGCUCUCACCCGGCCCGGAGGUCGCCGAGUUCGUGGAGCUGCUCGACGCGGUCCUGCUCACCGUGCGCGCCGCGCAGACCGCCCCGCGCCCGCCGCGCGAGCUCCGGAGGGCAUUUCGUAGGCGGUCGGCUGCGGAGGGGCUGGUGCCGGUGUGUAAGGACUAUGAGAUGAGGGCGGGCGAGUUUGAAAGGCGGUGGGUGGAGGCCAGCAGCAGCCCGACGGAUCAGGAGGAUGGGGAGCUUGCUGGAAGGGAUGACGACGACGAAGAAGUGCUGCUGUACACCGCCUUCAAGUUCCUGGCUGCCCACCGCGCCGAACACGGCCCGGAGGACCCGGUGCGGCGGGGACGCUCCUCGCAGCGGAGGACGCCGCCCGGGCACACCGCGCGCUGCGAGAGCACGCCGCGGCGACCGCACUCGAGCAGGAUGCGGCGCACGGCAGCAUUCGGGCCGGACCACGGGGACACGCUCCGGGCGGCGGAGGCGCUCGCCCGGACCCGCGCUGCCCAAGGAGACUUCGUCGGGACCGAGCGGCUCGAGGCAGAGAUGUCCUCCAACGGCGGACGCAGACACUCGGGCCGGGGCACGCGGACACACUGA